CAGGUCAAAGAGGCUGAGUCUUCGACAGAGGAGAGUGAUCGAUCUUUUACUCCACGGCAGUCCGGUCAUCAGAAGCACAAAUCUAAAGGCAGAUCCCCCAUGGGGCCUCCAUCAUGGGUUCCUGGUUUCCCACCUGGACCCCCACCAGGACCUCAUUUCCAAAAGAUGGAUGGUAGACGAUCAGAAGGUCCUGGACCUUUCUUCCCUGGAUGGCCUCCCAUGAUUCCACCCGGUCCCCCAAUGAUCCCACCACCUCCACCAAUGAGUCCAGACUCUCUAGAGGAUGAUGAAGCUUUGGGCAGUAUGCUUAUUUCCUGGUACAUGAGUGGCUAUCACACGGGAUACUAUUUGGGUUUAAAACAAGGUCGUAGAGAGGCUGCAGCAUCUAAGAAGUCACAUCGGAAAUAAAGAUCCAGCGAGCGGAAUAUGAACGUGAUGCUGCAACGGACUUGAUUCAGUAUUCUAUUUUGUAUUGUUUGUAAAUAAAUGAAUUAAAAGUAA